UUUUUUUUUUUUUAAUAUUUGAUGUUCUGAGCUCACUCACUGUGGGGUCUUACUAGUGCUAUUGUUGUUUCAACAGGGGGGACCAAAGUUAGUCUUUGGAAGGGGACUUGGGCUGCCCUUUUUCUUGUAGCUGCAUUCAAGUAUUAAUUCAGCCUGGCACUGAUGUUGAACAACUUGAUGUUUCCUGAGGUGCCUGGAAACAGAAAUAGAAGAAAAGGAGCAAGACCUCCCCCUUGUGUCAAGAAUUGUACUUCAGCUGUUUCAGAGAUGAAUGAAGAUGUCUCAUUAGUUUGAAGCUCCACUUUUUAUGAAUAGUGUAAUAAUAUCUUUGAUUAAAUAAAUUUUUUCUGCUCAUUUUAGUUUUCCCUGAAGAAAGCAUUUCUGCAGCUGUGUAACACCCUCAGUACUGCAAAAACCACAGAUGUGUCCUCUUACCUGGAAUCAGCCUGACAGCUCUUCAGCUGUAUUAAAUAGUAGUUAAAGCAAGGAAUGUUUGCUCACAAUUGUGGCUCUCUCUGAGAUACCGUGAUGAAUAACCUUUGUCCACCCAGGCAGCUGAGAAGGAUAACUUCUCAGUCUAAUAGUCUAUAUAUUUCCUAUUAUCCAUGGUAGAAAAUUCUAGCCUGCUGUUGGGAAAGCAUUGAAAGAAACUGUAUUUUUAAAUAGUAACACACUUGUUAUAGAAAGUACUAUUAUUAUUUUAAAGCCCAUUGAUAAUACUAAUUGGAAUUAACUGAAAUAGUUGAUAGGAAGGAUCAUGUUUACUCAUAGCUGCUGGAAGGAACAAUAGAUAUAAAUCAUCAGAAAAAUUUCAAGUUUAAUUUCUCACAAGGUUUGGGGAAUUUGAGGUUAUGAUUCUAAUCUUCAAUAGAAGAUGAAACUUGCUUUUAAAGCAGUCUGCACUGACAAAACUGUUCAGUAUUUCAUAUAGUUUACUAAUGGAAAUGCACAGAUGUGAUUAUUGUAGCGUUUCUACUGUGCAAGCACUCAGCACACAGCAGGAGGGAAUCUGAGCAGAUCCCUGAAUGAACUUUAGAUUGCCUAAAAAAGUUGCCUGGAAGACUGUAAAUUCUAGUUCAGGUCUCUUCAAAAGAUUCAGAAAUGCAUGUCAAACUGCUGUUGUCGCCAGCUCAUCUGUAUCACUGCAAUAGAGAUGAGUUUGUGGUAUAAAGAUUGUUAGAAAGUUUAUUUUUACAGGCAUCUUGAGCUCAAAGUUGAAAUUGCCUCCUGUCCCAUUAUCUGUAGGUGUUUCAGAUGUAAGUGAAAUACCAAAUUAGCUUGAAAAAAUAUAACCCGGCGUAGAAACUGUAGUUGAAAAACGUAACUGCGCAGCAAAAACAGGAUCCUUUACCACUCACUGCACGUAACAAAAAUAAUGGGCUCAAGCCACUAAAUACUGCUUAUAAGAAAUAUGUACCAAGAAUGAAUCUGUAGGUCACUCAUCCAUUUUCUGUUUAGAGAAUUACUAUUAAUCCUUGACCUGGUAACAGAUUAAACAUAUUUGGAUGUCUCACUGACAUCAGCAGGAAUACAUACUUGUAUUUCUAGUGGCGGUGUUAUGGGUUGGUUUGAUGUUCUUUCUCUCAAGACCAGUAGAAUUAUAAGAAGGAAAGGUGGAAGGAAAGGUUUGCAAACUGGAUUUUCCUUUCCUACCCUUCUUUAACCAUUUCAGUUACCUUUUAUUUAGAAAUCACUAAAUGUGUGAUGUGGAUAUAUUGACACUUAUCAUCUUCAUAAUUUCUUACUGUGAGAGUAGAGGGAUUUGUGCAAAAUCAGCACUGAAAUUCUUUUUUAUUGACUCUCCUGAUGAUGAAAAUGUUUUUUUUUUUUUUUUUCUUUUUUAAGCUUAAAGAUGUUAUAAGUUGAAACCUGGAGAAAAAUGAAUAGCCUGCUUUUUCAAACCAAUUCACAAAUGGAGUGAAAAAUAGGCUGUGAAAGGACCACACGGCCAGAAAAAUGGUUGUUUUUUUUGUUGUUGUUGUUUUUAAAUGAAGUAUGUGCUAUGUUUUAAAAAUUCAUGUCUUCUCUCAUGCACUUUUUAAUUUAAAGUCACUUUUGACAGUGAAGGAAUAAAAGCUGUGCUGGUCCACAGACAAGAAUUAUUUAGAAAGUUUAUGUUUUUCUUCAGCAUUUGUGGAACUCCAAGGAACACUCGAAAGCAGAGGAUGCAAUAGUUUGUGCCUCUGCUCUAAUAUGAAUUUCAGAGUUUCCAAAACAAAAGAUGCUCUGAAAGUGUGGUUGUAACAAAAACAGGAAAGCAAAAAGAGGGAAACAAGUGGUGGAAGGAGGAAAGAAUUUUGUCCAAGUCCUUAAAAAAUAAAUGUUUUUAUUAGCUAUUUAUAUUGAUGAAAGGAGCUUGACUCCAGAAGUGCCUGGGAGAUUUUGUUUCAAACAAAGAAUGGGCACUUAUGAAAGUAGAUAAAAUGUUUCUGCUGAUGUUAUUUUUAUGUGAAUAUUUUUAGUGUGUUGCUUUUAAGUGAACUUGUUUAUUUGAUAUUUGGAGCUGGAUGGAUUAUGUAGUUGUCUAUGCCUCGCUAUAGUUUUGUAGCUUCUGUUUAGGAAAGAACUGUUUUAGAUUUUUCUUAUGUGUUGUAAUAACUGUAAUAAAUAGAAGUACAUUUAUAGUUUCGUGGGAAAACAUAGUAUCUACUGUUUAUCUAGGAAUAAAAAAAGAACUGAGGAAAUUGGCAGGUUUAUUGGCUUAGUUUUGCAUCCCUCAGUAAUUAGUUUUAAUUUCUCAUUACCAUUUCAAUUUGGAUUUACCCAAAGCAGUUGUAUUGAAUACAUUUACGAAAUUAACACUUAGAUUCUCGUUGCAAGAGUAAACUUGGAAGAGGUUGGUUUGAUUGUUUUGGGUUUUUUUUCAUAUUUUUUUUUGGUUGUUUGUUUCCUUGAAUGUGUGAAUAAUGUGAUUGCAGCGCUAAGAUCUAUGAAGAAGGAAGUGAAGGUGAUAUUUUGUCUGUGUAGGGGAUUUCUAUGUGUGUUAGCCAAACUAUAUUUACAGAACUGGAUUAGAAGAUGGGCUGUUACUCCUGAAACUUUGAGGUGUGCUUCUUGCCUGGGCCAGUAUGCCUGAUCAUAUCUCUUUGUUAGGUGGGACUGUGAAAUGAGGGAUCCCAUUUUCUUGGCAUCUGGAUCAACUCUUCAACGUAACCAUUUUAGAAAGAAAACAGCACAGACACCAACCAUGUUUUCAAACUAAAUAAAGCAUUCAAAGAAAUUAUGUUUUCCUUCCCUUCAUCACACUUUGAGCAAUACAGUGAAUUUUUCCAUACCCAGCUGUGUUCCUUAUGGUUAAUUAUGGCAGAGAGACCUCUGACCACCCAUUGUUAAAAUCAGCAUGGAAGUAGAGAUCCAGUCUGUUUUUAGUUUUUUUUAAAGAUGCUAUACUGUAAAUAGACGUAAAAAAUCAUCUUUUUAAAUCUGUGGCACGUCUUCUUGAGUUACUAACCCAUUUAAUCAUAUUUUCUGGUUCUGGAGCCUUGGUUUGUUCUCUUUCACCUCCUCUUCCUUUUCUGUAACCCCUUCUUUUUUUCCUCUAGCACUCAUGAAUAGUGCACAUCAAAAAUGCCCCAUGGAAGCGCUUCUCGGACUUCUAGCCACAGUGAGCAGCAGAGGGAUAGAAGGCGUCCUGAAAUUACAAUAGUUGCUGCUGAACCCCUGCGGCCAUCCUCCUGGUUUCCAGGUGCAAGUCCUGUUGCUCCUCAAGGAUUAGGAUUCUCUUCUGCUUCACGUCAUGCUCAGUGGAGGACAAAUGAGCUUAUUCCAGCUGAGCUUCCUCCAUCUUAUGAGCAGGUGAUAAAGGAAAUAAAUCAAGUGCAAGUGAAUACAACAAAUAAUAAUGCUGCUGCUCCUAGGCAUACCACUUCUUCUGCAACACAAACUGACUUUCCACAGGAAUUAAUCAGCCGUUUGCCAGGAAGUAAUGAAAAGAGUAGUGUGCCUACACACGGGGAAUCUACCAACUAUCCAGUAGGGCCAGGUCUCCUGAAACCUCCUAGGCCUUCUGCACCUCUCUUGAACAGAUCUUCAGAAAAUGAGACUUCCUUAUUAGUUUAUGAAAAUUCUGAAGAUCAGAGGCACCAAGAAAAUCCCAAUGCUGUGAUAUGUCCUGUGCCAAAGCCAAGAUCAAGAAGCAAUCUCAGACCUGUGGUCAAAAAUACUCAAAGUCAGAUAGGAGACAAUGGAGAAGAAGUGAACCAGUCUGACACGAAGAGGCAGCAACUUUCAGUUCAGCAGUCGUCUGUCUUAGAUGAUAGCUUACUAGACAAUCACUUGACAGUGGACAGCAUGAGUACAGGCAAGAGCCAAAGUAGUAUUGUUUCAAGGAUCAAAGUUUUUGAAACCCAAGGAGCUGAUGAUACCUCAGGAUUAUUAAAGAAACCAGAAAUUGCCCCUCGUACAUUCACCACAAGACCUGUACCUGCAAAGAAGCCAGCAGUUGCUCCAAAGCCAGGGGUAGACAGGGUUUCGGGAGAGUGGGAUGCAUGGACAGAAAGCAAACCAAUACCUUCUUCCAGAGAAUUGCAGCUUCAACCUGAAGCAGUUGGGAGUAGUGUUGUAACCAAACCUGAACUGCCAAAGAAACCAAAACCUGGCCUUGAAAAAAGUAGCAGUAGCGAUUUUCUUGAUGCAAAGAGUGGCUCAGUUGCAGAGAACAGCCAUGAACAAAGAAAGUUUCCUGUUCCCGCUCCAAGGCCUCUUAUUCCUAAGAAGUCACAUUCUGCAGAAAAUCCUGCCCUUUCUUUGGUCCCUCUAAAACCUAUCUCUGCUCCACCACGGACUUCUGUAUCUGACCAGGACAAGGUUUUCAAGUCUGUGGGGGAAUUGUCACCCACAGAGAACUCCUCAGCACCUGCUUCACAAAGUAAGCUAGAUCUGGGAGGAGAUCUGAUCAGUUUUGAUGAUGAUAUUUUGCCCCUAAGUCCACCUUGUGCGGUUAAAGACAGCAUCAGUUGUGAAGCAGCAGCAGAUCCAUUCCAGUUCCUUCCCAAAAUCGAACCGGCAAAGGAGCAGGCGACUCAACCAGCUGUAGCACGGAAACCCACUGUUAUCCGAAUCCCAGCUAAACCUGGAAAAUCUUUAGAUGAAAUCCCACAUAGCCCUCCUCCACUUCCUGCUGAAAGGCCUAUUGGCAACACCUCUGAUAUCGCGGUGGGCAAACCCAACAGUGGUGACCUAGUAAAAAACAUGGAUUUGAAUAAUUCGGAACAGGCUGGAGCAUCUCAACUAGAACCUGCAUUACCCCCAAGGCCUGUGGAUGGAAAAAUUAUACCAGCUCGACCUCCCCCACCUAAAGGUGUUCCUGGAAGGCCACCUCCACCAAAACUCUCUGCAACCAAGACCUCCUCCCAGAAGGAUGCUCUUUCCCGAUCCACUUCUUACGUUGCUUAUGAUAAAAAGCCAAGCAAGCUCAGAUUGGGACCCAAGAGAACAAAAAGCCAAGUCAUAAAAAAACAAGAUCCAGCUUUACCUCCUAGACCUAGGCCAGGUCAUCCCCUCUACAAUAAAUACGUGCUGUCUGUGCCUCAUGGAGUUGCCAAGGAAAAUUGCCUUCCCAGAAACCGUGGAGAACUGUCUCGUAAGGAUUCAAACAGCUCUCCAAAAGUUUCUGACACAAGUGUUCCCCAUGCUGUAGCACUGCAUGAUUUUUCUGCAGAACACGCUGGUGACUUGGACCUUCGUUCUGGAGAUACUGUUUAUCUUUUGGAGAGAGUUGAUGCCAAGUGGUACAGAGGAAAAUGUGGGAAUCGCACAGGGAUAUUUCCUGCCAGCUUUGUUCAAGUGAUUGUUGAUAUUCCAGAAGAUGGCAAAAGGAAAAAAAUAUCCUGCUCCUCACAAUCCAUUAAAGGCCCAAGAUGUGUAGCACGAUUUGAAUACAUUGGAGAUGAGCGAGACGAACUCAGUUUUUCAGAAGGUGAAACAAUUAUCCUUAAAGAAUAUAUAAAUGAAGAGUGGGCCAAAGGAGAGCUCAGAGGCACGUCUGGAAUUUUUCCCUUGAACUUUGUGGAAGUAAUUGAAGAUCUGCCUGAAAAAGGUACAGGAGGAGCACUAAAGAAAAAGGCCCUUCUUCAGAACAACCGAUGCUCAGUAGAGUGGUGUGAAGCACUUCAUGAUUUUACAGCAGAAACCAAAGAUGACUUAUCCUUUAGAAAGGGAGACUACAUCCAAAUACUGGAACAAGUAGAUUCUGAGUGGUAUAGAGGAAGACUGAAUGAAAAGGAAGGGAUUUUCCCAGCAGUUUUUGUUCAGACCUGCUCAGCCAGGGUAGAGACAUCACAGUCUCUAGGAGGGAAGAAAAAAAAAGCCCAAGCUCUCUAUGAUUUUCAUGGUGAAAAUGAAGAUGAGCUUUCCUUUAAAGCAGGAGAUUUUAUAACAGAGCUGGAAUCUGUAGACGAGGAUUGGAUGAGUGGAGAGAUACAAGGAAGAUCUGGGAUAUUUCCCAAGAACUUCGUUCAAAUUUUAAAAACACCAUGAAGUGUUGCCUGUCCUUGUACUCCCUGUCUGGGAGAGAAUGUUUUCACAAAGACAUCAAUGUAUUCUGACUAUCUAUGUUUUGCACUACUUAUUCUGGACAGUCAUAUGAGUAUCUUAAAGUCAAAAAAGAUUUUAGUCUUUUGUGACCACGUAUUUAGUCAUGCUUCAGAAAAGCUCUGAGAGCAAAUACAUGCGCAAUUUUUAGUGGUCUCCAACUAGGGAAAUACUGUGGUGCAACACGAUUUUAACUUAAAUAGUAUUCUGUUAUGUUUACUAUCUGGUAUUACAUUUAUCAUGCACACCCUCUACAUAAAGUAAGCUUAUUUGAGCUUUUUAAGAACUGUUCAAAGUGGUGUUUUUAAUAUAUAAUUGCAGCAGUCGGUAUGUAGAUCAUGUUCAAUAUUCAGAUUUCUUUACUGCUUGACUCCCACGUUAGCAGGAUUCACUUAUGAGUUAGAUAACUUACAGUAGAAAAAUGUCAAAUUAAACUGAUAAGAGGAAAAACUCAAAUCCUUGUGUAGUAUUCUCCUGUUCUUAGCCCAAACAGCUCAAAAAGGGAGAUCAGAAAAUAUUUAAGUAUUUUUCCUCUUAACUAAUAGCACUUACACUGGUUUGAACCAUGUUAAAUGUUUCUGCCCACCUCAAAUAUCUGCUCCAGAUAGAGCCUUAGUUUUCCUACUAUUCCCUCUUCGUCAAGCACCACCCUACCCUUUCCCAGCAGGAGUUGUGACGGACAGCAUUUACUCCAUUUUCUCAGUUCUCUUCCCAGCACAGCUAUACUAUUUCAACAAUCUGCUCCUCCACCCCCUUUUAUUUCAGUGGAAAGCCUGUCUGCAUUCAGUCUACAUUUCAUCUACUGCUCAAGCACUGGAACAUACUUCAGCAACACUAUUCCUAUCUGUAACUUGAAGGAUAUUAUGCAGCCUUGGUUUUGGCUUUCAGCAGGCACAGGGUUAGCUUUCAUGUUGUUAGCACAUACCAGCUCUACCAAGCAUCAUUAUAAAUGGUCUGUCACAGCUUUAAGGAUAAAAUGUCUUGCAAGACGUUGCUUCAAAGAAGCUCAAACAAAAUCAUUUAGUAAAGCAGGAGUGUGACUUGAGCAACAGCAACUGACCUUGACUGAGGUAGCGGGACCUUCUGACAGUAAAUGCCAUUUUGUGACACUUUCUGACAGAGUUGUUAAAUAAGUCUUGAUUAGCAGAUAACUUCAGACUGGAGGAGUAAAAAACUUCAUUGCAGUGCUGACAAUAUUCUAUUACUUUUGUACCAUAUAGGAAAAAGAAACAUCAAGUUGUUAUUAUGAGUCAUUACUUCAGAAGCAUAGAUAUGACAACAUAAUACAAGGCCUUUCUCCCUUAAAGCUCUGGUUGCCAGAACGCUAGCAGCUGAGGCAUUGAUGGAGAGUGUGGAAACUAGAACAAUCAUGGCUCACCUUGAGAUGGUUCAGCUUAGUUUUGUGUUGGCUUAAAGUUAUGUUGAUAGGAGGUCCAAACGUGGCAACAAGUACCUACUGGUGCAAAAAGCUUUUCCCUCCCUCCCCUUCAGCAAACAGGCAAUACAAGCUUCCAGUCAGAACUAAACUGAAGGGCUUCUUCCAGCAGCGAGCAGAUCUUGGAGACUAGCAACACACUGGAGCUCAUCUGAACCGUCCUCAGCACUGCUUUGCUCUGCAGGAUUUAUCGUUACACCACAGUAGUUGUAAAACUGACAGAUAAUAACAUGCUUUUUUCUCUAGAAGCUUCACUUUCCUCUAGAAGCUUCACUUUCCUCUAGAAGUGCUAUACGCUUGUGUGUCACCAUCGCGCGCCUCAAGGAUGAAGAUCACACAAACCUUUAAUGAGCUACAAACUGGAUUUUUAAUUGCAUUAGAGGGAUUAACGUGAUAAAAACCAUUACAGCAUAUGUGUUAUCCUAGAAAGAUAAACAUCACAUUCUGUACAGCUGUUAUUGAGUUUUAACAUCCCAACAAGCCUGUCCUGAACUCCUGUGGAAUUGAACUUCAAUUGAAGUCCACCUCUGAGGCAACUCUCUCCAACCUCUGCUACCUGGAGCUGCCCAUGGCUCUUUACACAGAUAAGCCAGCCCUUGCUUUCUGUAGGACUUAGGCAAAACAAAUGAGAGAUUCCUCCAAUGCAAUGAGUACCUAAGAGAUUUCUAACUUUUUGACUUAAACUGUGGGCCACCCUCUUGAAACUCGCUUCUUCCAUUAUGAUCUCUACCAAGACAAAUUCUCAAUUUCUUAUAAGCAGAACAUGAGAAGAACAAAAAAAACCACUCCACCAAACACGUUACCAGGUCUUCAUAAAAUAUACAAUCACUGUGGUGGGAGGAGGAGGCUUAAGUGUAUAAUUUUUACUUAUUGUUUGCAUGGCAGUUUUUUAAGAUUUUGAUACAAGUCUCCAAGUAGAACUGAAUUUUUAUAAUUUUUUUUUCAAUUUCCUCUCCCACAUUUUUAUAGCUGUAAUAUUGACCAGUUGCUUUUCUAUCUUCUACUGAAUGUUUUAAGUCAGUGCCUGUCAGUAGGUAAGUUCACUCUUCUUACAUUAUUCAUCUCCUCCCAAUCUUGCUGGCAAGGAAAAGCUGCAGAGCCUUAAAAGUCUGGGCAAGGAGUGCCACCUACGUGCUGUUUACGUUACUGCAGACAGCUAACCUAUUAAAAGUUGUAGUUAGUGGCUUGCCUUACACAGAAGCGACUGUUAAAGACUUCAUGCCUACUAUCACCAUGAAACUGCAUACAGAUGAUAGAAUUAAGGUGUACAAUACACUGCAGAAAAGGAAGAAUGAAAUUGAACACCCUUCCUAACUGCAGUAUAGUAGCAAGUUUCAGCUGUAACCCCGAAAUUCAGCCAGAGCCCCAAACAUCAAGUGUAAUAAGAAAAGCUUUGAUAAGCAAAGCUUCUAUUGUUUGCCCCACCUCUGGAACUAUCUUCAGGAAGAGGACUUUGUUCUAUGUGCAGAUAACAGUGUCAUAAAUAAAUCUUUGUUAAGUCUAGUACAUUUGUUAUGGUACCUCUGUAAAUUAAAAAUGUACUUAACCAAUAAAUUUUUAUAAUUAA